GAACUCUGGUAGAGAAAUGCUGCCACUUUUUUGAUCUGAUGAGGCUGUUUGCUGGUGCAAAUCCUGUCUGUGUGAUGGCCUCUGGAGGUGUUGAUGUUAAUCACAAGGAUGAAAUUUAUGAUGGCAAAGUGCCUGAUAUAAUUGACAAUGCAUAUGUUAUUGUCGAAUUUGAGAAUGGUUCUCGAGGCAUGCUCGACCUUUGUAUGUUUGCCGAAGGGAGUAAAAAUGAGCAAGAAAUAUCUGUUGUUGGUGACAUUGGAAAGGGAGAGGCCUUUGUUCCUGAGAGUAUUGUGCGUUUGGGCACUCGACUAGAGGGAAGAGAUGAUGUCCAAACCCUAAAAGCCGAGGAUGACCGAAUCAAAUAUGAGGGACUACAUCAUGGUUCUAGCUAUUUGGAGCAUCUUAAUUUUAUGUCAGCAAUUAGAGCUAAAGGCAUAAAAGCUCCUGCCGUGGAUCUACACGAUGGGUUGGUUUCAGUUGCUAUGGGAGUUGCAGCGCAGCUUUCAAUAGAGCGAGGCCGAUUUGUCACAAUCAAGGAAGUUAUGAAUGAAAGCAAAUUCAAUAAUUUGGUGUCAUAAUCUUGGUGGUAGUGGUGGUUGCACUUGUUAAUCCUUUCUUUUUAUUUACCAAAAAAAAAAUAAAAAUGGAUGAUGUGAAAUGGUUUUGGCCAGCAAGAAAGCCUGCCAAACAAUGUGUUGAACUCUUGGUGAAACCUGUAUCCAGGACUCUUGUAUUUGCUUGACAAAAAAAAAAAAAAACAGAGAAUCUUUUCAUCUUCUUGUGAA